CUUGCUUCUUGGAACUUCCAAAAGUUUAAAAUUAUGAAGUAUCUAUUAUUGCUAUUACUGCUAUGUGUUUCUACAGUUAAGCCCCAAGACUAUGACGAGCCUGGUUUGGGUGCCCGUGGUCACCGACCCCUUGACAGGAAAAGGGAAGAGGCUCCCAGCCUGAGGCCUGCUCCCCCGCCCAUCAGUGGAGGAGGCUAUAGGCCUCGGCCCCCCAAAACUCAGCCCAAUCAGAAGAAGUUGGAAAGGAAAGCUCCAGAUGCCGGCGGCUGCCUUCACGCUGAUGCAGAUCUGGGAGUUUUAUGUCCUACAGGAUGUCAGUUACAAGAAGAUUUGUUAAAACUGGAAAGACCCAUCAAAAACAGUGUUGAUGAAUUAAAUAACAAUCUGAACUCCAUCUCCCAGACUUCUUCUACCACCUUCCAGUACAUGACUUUGCUAAAAGACAUGUGGAAAAAGAGGCAGAAGCAAUUAAUAGAUAAUGAAAAUGUAAUAAAUGAGUACUCCUCAGAGAUGGAGAAGCAGAAAGUGUAUAUAGAAGAGACUGUAAAUAGUCAUGUCCCAACUAACCUCCGUGUGCUCCGUGCAAUCCUGGAAAACCUGAGAAGCAAAAUACAGAAAUUAGAAUCCGAUGUCUCAGCUCAGAUGGAAUACUGCCGCACGCCAUGCACAGUCAGUUGCAAUAUUCCUGUGGUUUCUGGCAAAGAAUGUGAAGAAAUUAUCAGGAAAGGAGGUGAAACAUCUGAAAUGUACCUUAUUCAGCCUGAUAGUUCCAUCAAACCAUAUAGAGUAUACUGUGAUAUGACCACAGAAAAUGGAGGAUGGACAGUAAUUCAGAAUCGCCAGGAUGGUAGUGUUGACUUUGGCAGAAAAUGGAAUCCGUAUAAACAAGGAUUUGGAAAUAUUGCAUCCAAUGAGGAUGGCAAGAAGUUCUGUGGCCUACCAGGUGAGUAUUGGCUUGGAAAUGAUAAAAUUAGCCAGCUUACCAAAAUGGGACCCACGGAACUUCUGAUUGAAAUGGAAGACUGGAAAGGCGCUACGGUGAAGGCCCUCUAUGGAGGAUUCACUGUACAGAAUGAGGCCAACAAAUACCAAAUCUCAGUGAGCAACUAUAAAGGAACGGCUGGAAAUGCUCUCAUGGAUGGAGCUUCUCAACUGGUGGGAGUAAACAGAACCAUGACCAUCCACAAUGGCAUGUACUUCAGCACCUAUGACCGAGACAAUGAUGGCUGGAUAAAUGCAGACCAAAGUAAACAAUGUUCUAAAGAGGAUGGAGGUGGAUGGUGGUAUAACAGAUGUCAUGCAGCCAAUCCAAAUGGCAGAUACUAUUGGGGUGGAAAUUACAGGUGGGACAUGGCAAAACAUGGCACAGAUGAUGGAGUAGUGUGGAUGAACUGGAAGGGAUCAUGGUAUUCCAUGAAGAAAAUGUCUAUGAAGAUUAGACCCUUCUUCCCACAGCAAUAA